CCAGUCCUCGGCCGCGCCGUGCAUGCCCUGUCCCGCAUCGGCGAGGAGCUCUACCUGGAGCCCACGGAGAGUGGGCUGUCUCUGCGUGCUGUCAACUCCUCCCGCUCCGCCUUCGCAUCCUUCCUCUUCGCGCCGCUCUUCUUCCAGCUGUACAAGCCCCACACAGAGCAAUUCCGAUGCAAAGUCCACAUGAAGUCCUUCCUGGGCAUUUUCCGCUCGCUGCCCUCACUGGAGAAGUUGGUGGGGAAAUGCCUCAUCCUGCUCAAGCCCAGCGCCAGCCGCCUGGUCCUGCAGCUGCACUGCAAGUAUGGUGUCACCAAGACACACAACCUGGCAUUCCAGGAGUGCGAGAGGCUCCAGGCUGUCUUCGACACUCAGAGCUGUGCCAACUGCCUCUGCGCCCCGGCACGCGUGCUGGCAGAGGCCGUGGUCCACUUCCCCCAGACACUGGCUGAGGUGACACUGGGGACUGGCCCCAGGGGCAAGAUCAGCCUCCGGAACUACGUGGAGGAUGAGGCAGAGCCAAGCAAGACGAUGGUGACAGAGCUCUGCCUGGCUGAGGAAGAGUUCCAGUGCGUGGCUGUGGCCCCAGGCUCCUGCAUCACCUUCUGCCUCAAGGAAUUUCGGGGACUGCUGAGCUUUGCUGAAGCCUCCAGCCUGCCCCUCACCAUUCACUUCGACGUGCCUGGCAGGCCAGUGGUCUUCACCCUGGAUGAUGCUGUGCUGGAGGUCCACCUGGUGCUGGCCACCCUCUCUGACCCAAAAAUUGACUCACAGCCCCCCACAACCAAUGGUGUGUCCCACCUGCCCAACCCAUUGGAUGACUUCAAUGAUGACCUCGAGUCCUACAUGAUUGCCAUGGAAACCACCUGUGAGGAGGGUUUGGGGGGCCCCCCCUUUUGCUCCCUGUUUUUUGGUUCCAUGACGACUCCAGGGAGGCCCAAUGCAACCCCCACCCAAGAAGUUCUGGCAGAGGACAGUGAUGGAGAAUGCUGA